AUGGAAACAUUAGCUGAACUUAACUUGGAGGUAGUUAAUACGGGAAAAAAGCCUACUUUUAGUGCAUACAGAAGAGACACCAUCUGCUCCAGCAUUAUAGACAUUACCGCCUGUACAACAUCACUAUUGCAUAAGAUUGAGAAUUGGAGAGUUGACGAUUCCUUUUGCACUUUAUCUAAUCAUAAGCCAAUUCUUUUCAAAUUUAGUACGACAACUUCAUUUAUUGAGUCAAAAAUCAACAGCACCAGGAAAUACAACACAAGGAAAGCAAACUGGAGCCAUUUCAACGUUGAACUCAAGAGGGCACUAGACAACAACGGCCUAACCAAAGAAAGAAUAGGAGUUAUUAGGACGACACAGGAGAUUGAUGAAUUCGUAAAAACAUAUACAGAAUGCAUAACAAAGGCAUGCGAUGAGACGAUUCCGAAAAUAGAACGAAAACAGUUACCAAAAGCCGCUAAAUGGUGGAACACCGAAAUUAAAGAAAAAAAGGAGAUCAUGAUCAGAUUACGAAGAAGAAUAAGGAAUGCACACCCUACAAGAAAGAACUGGGUCAUAGAACAAUAUCUCGAAGCACGAAAACAAUAUAAGGAAAGUAUAGAAGACGCCACAACCAAAAGCUGGAAAGAACUAUGCACGAACGAGCAGAAAGAAAACGUGUGGCAACGCACAUAUCGGAUAUUGAAGGUCUGUUCUAAUGUGGAGGGAGACAAACUGCUCAAAGACCAAAAUGGGACAAUCCUUUCAGAAAAAGGGUCAGCAACACUUCUAGCUGAAACCUUUUACCCCAAAGAUAAUCCAAACACCGAUACUAAGGAACAGGAUGACAUAAGAACAAAAACAAAUGAACUUAUAGCACAACUCGAAAACAAAACAUUAGAAGUUAAGACACCAUUCGCUAGAACUGAAAUAGAUCAAAUACUAAGCAAUAUGAGUCCUAAAAAAGCCCCGGCACCUGAGACAAUAAUUUCAGUAACUGCGCAGAAGCAAUCAGAGUUAGCAACAAAACUGUCGCUACAGGUAAAAGAAAUGACACAACAAAUCAGUCUCUUAACCCAGAUGAUUGAAGAAUUUAUCAUAAUUCAUAAGGAGACAGGAAAGAAAACACCAGUCCCAGAGCUCAUACAAACAGACACUAAUACUGUCAUCACAGAGAUACAGGAGUUGAAACAAAUGAUUUCGGAAAUCAAAGCAACACCAACCUGUAUCACCACAACAAUAAAUGAACAAAGUGAGGACGUUAAAAAAGUCUUAGAACCGAUCACCAUCACCAUGAAAACUAUGAUGAAGGAUAUAAAUGAAAUGAAAGAAUUCAACACAAGUCAGCUGGCUUUCCAAAGCAAUUCAGGCUUGGGAGCAGAAUUGGCAAUCACGGAAAUUAAGGAUAAGAUUGAUGAACUAAGGAACUACCCCUGCGCUCCACCAAUGGGAAGGGAAACUAACGUACGGGUAGCCGCAUCACCAUAUAAGCCACCGCAAAAGACCUAUGCCAAUGCUGAGACGUCAACGCAAAAAGUGUCUGGUGGGGAUGCGAUGCUGACGAUAAAAGGGGUUCUCAAAUAA